UUCGUUCCUGGUUGAUGCCAAACUGUCACUCUCUCUAUCACCGCCACCACCUCGCCCUAUGCUAGUUGCUGCGGCUCUUAACAAACCGGUCGGUCCGGUUCGGACCCGAACCGGUCCAUCAUCUCAACCGGACCGGAAUUUCUUCACUAUUUCCCUUCGUAAAACAGUCGGGGUUCGUUUCGGCACCCGGUUUCCUUCCCGGUUCGGCAACCUUACAGUCUCCGCCGAGAAGAAGCAGCUGUCCGAGUUACGGACUCAGAAAUCAGAUAGCGAAAUUUUUUCGGUCGGAAAACAUGACGGUGAAGAUUCAGAAUCAGAGGUGGGAUGGUUACCUUCUUUUCCUCACGUGUUGGUUGCUUCCAUGUCUAAUUUUCUCUUUGGUUAUCACAUUGGAGUGAUGAACGGCCCCAUUGUUUCUGUUGCGAGAGAACUUGGUUUUGAAGGGAACUCAAUUCUGGAAGGACUUGUUGUGAGUAUAUUCAUAGCUGGUGCUUUUCUUGGAAGUGUAUGCUCUGGCUCAAUAGUUGAUAAACUGGGGUGCCGCCGGACCUUUCAAAUUGUUACUAUUCCUUUGAUUAUUGGCGCGUUAAUAAGUGCACAAGCUCAUUCCUUGGAUGAAGUCCUCUGGGGAAGAUUUCUUGUUGGCCUUGGGAUAGGUGUAAACACAGUUCUCGUUCCUAUAUAUAUUUCAGAGGUAGCUCCAACGAAAUAUCGGGGGUCGCUUGGCAGUGUAUGUCAAGUUGGAACGUGCCUUGGUAUUAUUUCUUCACUAUUUCUGGGCCUUCCCUCUGAACAUGAUCCACAUUGGUGGAGGACACUGCUUUACUUUGCAAGUAUCCCUGGAUUUGUUCUUGUACUUGGUAUGCAGUUUGCUGUUGAUAGCCCCCGCUGGCUAUGUAAAGUUGGGAGAAAGGACGAUGCUAAAACCGUUAUCCGGAACCUUUGGGGAGAAUCUGAAGUGGAAAGAGCAAUUAAUGAUUUUGAAGCAGUUAUUAAAGAUGAUGAUUUGAACAGCAAUUGGUUGGAACUCUUAGAAGAGCCACAUUCUAGAGUUGCGGUUAUUGGAGCUUCCCUUUUUGUACUUCAACAGUUUGCUGGCAUAAAUGGAGUUCUUUACUUUUCAUCAUUAACCUUUCAAGAUGUUGGAAUUUCAAGUAGCGCUAUAGCAAGCUUACUGGUUGGAAUUACCAAUUUUACAGGAUCCAUUCUUGUUUCUUACUUAGUUGAUAAGCAAGGGAGACAGAAGCUCUUGAUUGGAAGCUAUGGAGGAAUGGCUGUUUCUAUGUUCCUAGUGGCUGCUGCAAUCACUCUUCCAGUUGAAGAACAACUCGGCCACAAUUUAUCGAUACUGGGAACUCUGUUGUAUAUAUUCUCCUUUGCAUUAGGAGCAGGCCCAGUUACUGGUCUGAUCAUACCAGAGCUUAGCAGCAACAGAACACGUGGGAAGGUUAUGGGAUUCAGUUUUUCUGUUCAUUGGGUUUGUAAUUUUUUGGUGGGUCUAUUUUUUCUGGACCUGGUGGAGAAAUUUGGUGUUGCUCCUGUGUAUGCUACUUUUGGUGGAGUGUCGUUGUUAGCAGCAAUAUUUGCAAGUUAUUUCAUAGUGGAAACUAAAGGCCGCUCCCUUGAGGAAAUUGAAAUGUCCUUGAACCCCAACUUUGUUGCUAGAGAUAAGUAAAGCCAUUCUAUGUUUUCCUUUUCCAAAUUUAAAUGGAUAGCCAUUCAAAAAAAAAAGGAAAGAUACGAAAUGAUUCUAUGGUCAUGAUCGACCAAGUUAAGGCGAGAUGGACUGUAAAGGUUUGAAAUUACCUUUUCUGUCUUACUAGGUGAACAAAUAAAAAUGUAAUUUACAACGAUUAUGGGACCAUAUCAUAUUGAAUGUUCAUUUUUUCUAAUA